AUGACUCUCUACUACAGCCUUGUUUUUUGCCUCUUGGUGUUUGAGAUGGCGGUCUUCAUGGGCCUCAUCAUCCCUCUUCCAUUCACCGUGAAGAGGAAGCUCUUCGCUUUCAUUUCGGAAAGUCCGAUAGUAGCUAAAUUACAAUAUGGAUUAAAGAUCACAUUCAUCUUUAUCCUUAUCCUCUUCAUCGAUAGCGUCAACCGCGUAUAUCGUGUGCAGCUGGAGCUGGCUUCUUUCGGCAAAGAGGGGGGCACCAUGGGAGCCGCCGCUCUCGGUACCGAUCGUAUGGAAGUCCAGGCUCGCAAGUUCUACUCGCAGCGCAACAUGUACCUCUGUGGAUUCACCCUCUUCCUGUCUCUUAUCCUGAACCGCACUUACACCAUGAUCCUCGAUGUCCUCCGUCUUGAGGACAGAGUCAGACUCCUCGAGGGUGACAAGAAGGCUGGCGGUAAGGACUCCGCUCGUCUUGCGCAGGCCGGUGAGAUCGGCGAAAUCGGCCGUCUCAAGGAGGAGCUCGCAGCCAAGGACCGUGACAUUGAGACCCUGAAGAAGCAGUGUGAGGGUCUCACCCGCGAGUACCACAAGCUUGGUGACGAGGUGUCUGGUGAGAAGGGUGAGGCUCCCAAGAAGGACCAGUAG